AUGUACAAUCACAUCCGUCCCCUCAUGGUGACUGGUGCUGUUCUUGCUUCCGGAGCUGCAGCCUGCUUUGUCAUCGCCCCUCCUCUGGCGCCGGCUUUGCUCACUGGGGCCGCGGUUAUCGGGUACCUGCCUUGGUUCGCGACCACUGUUUCGCACUUCGAAGGUGAGGACAUGGCUGAGUCGGCACUCCAGAACCGCAUCUUCUCGCGGGAAGAUUUUUCAAGCCCUCUUACGCUGGUGACAAAGUCAGUAGUACUUCUUGUCGCAGCUCCAGUGGCUGGAGUGGUUUUCUUCCUGCCCUACGGAUUGUAUGCGGGAGUGCUGCGUCCACUUGCAAGACUGACCUUCCAGGGGCUUGUGCGAGCUGCUUGCUUUUCGCAUGUCUAUGUCUUCCGUCCCGCGGCGUCACUGGCUGCAUCCGCUUGGGAAUGUAUCUCUGGCGCGGCGAGUGUGUGUGGAGACGGGAGCAUGGCCCUGCUCAAGUCCAUUUAUGACUGGGUGCUGUGCCCACUGGGCUCUGGCUUGAAGUGGUUAGGCCACCGUUUCGUGGAUGCGGCGAAGUGGACAUAUCACAAUGCACUAGUGCCUGUGUGUGAGGCAGUAAGCGGAUCUGCCGUCCUUGCAUACGAGAAUGUACUCCUCCCUGGAGCGCAAGCAUUCUGGAGCAUGCUGCAAGCUGCAGCACAGGCUUCAUACAACUACGUGCUAGCGCCUGCUUGGCAUGCGCUCACUGUUGCUGCCGAGCGGCUUGGCAGCGUGCUGACGGUGUGUGCCGAGGGACUCUACGCUUACGUGCUAGUGCCUGCUGGGAAAGCCACUUGGGCUGGCUUGAAGGCACUCGUUCAGGGUCUAGGAGCUGCUGCGCAUGGCACUUAUGAGCACCUCCUUGUCCCACUGGGAAGUGCCACUGCUUCUGCUCUGAAUGCCCUCGGCCAGUGCCUGACCGCAAGUAUGGAAGCCCUCUAUGGCUACGUAGUUCAGCCCCUUGCGGUCGGAGCCUACAAUUACAUCUUGGCACCGGCCGGCUGGGCCAUGUGCGCGGUUGCGCGGGCCAUCUGGCAUGGAGCAGGCAUGGCUGCACAAGCACUUGGUCAGAUAGCGCAACUUGGCUAUGGCUACAUCUUGGUUCCUAUUGGCCAAGCCAUUCGGGCUACUGGGGCCGCUGUUUGCUACGCAUCAAGUGCAGCUGCUUAUGCGGUGGCCCAGCUUGCGCAGGCAGGAUAUGCUACUGUGAUCCGGCCUUGCAUGACGCUCGGAGCAAGACAUUAG